GUACAUUAAUGAUUGGCUUGGAUGUGUCUGCUAUUUUAGCCUUCUCCAACAGCAGUGGUCCAUGUAUCUCCAGUUUUCCCCCCUUCAAUUAAUAAGAGGAUUAAAAAGAUCAAAAUUCAUGUGUAGUGUAGCUUAGUAUGCAGGAAUACCUGUGACAGUUUUGGUGGUAUUUUACCUUCCAGAAAUAAGAAGUUAUACUUUUAGAAAUGUGAAGCUUUUGUAAAAAAAAAAAAAAAAAAAAAAAAAAAAAAUUAAAAAUUACACAUACCACAAACAAUCAGUGAAAAGUACUGAGUGUGUGUUUCCACUUUGCAUCGUAAAUGGUUUGAAAUAGCUGGAUGUCAGAGAGUGUUUGUUCCAAGCCAGUUACCGUGGUACAGCUAACAAGAUGGUUUCUGGCUUCAAUACCAGUAGUAAUAUUGACAAUACAACCAAUGUCAAUUUGGAUCUGCCUGAUGCGGGAAUGUCGUCCAAUCAAGUUCUCAUCUAUGUCCUUGUACCCAUUGGUUCCAUCAUCUUCAUUGUGCUCAUCAUAAUUCUGAUAAUUUUCAUCUUGAAGAAAAACAGACUGGACAAGCUGCGUCAUCACCUGAUGCCGCUGUACAGUUUUGACCCACAUGAGGUGGAAGGUGACUGGGAGUCUGAGCUGCUGGAGGAGGAGAGAGAACAGCAGAUGAGACUACGGAUGGAGAGCCCAAGUCCAUCAGAUUCUCCCACCUUGAAGUUGUCUUCGAUGCAUUCUGAGUUGUGAUGAAGCAUGUAGUAACCUCCAUAUGACACGUCCUUGCCAUUUUCUCACAGAGACCCAGUAUUUUGACUCAGAAUGUAUUUAAUAUACUGUUUCAAAUGAAAACAGACGAUGUCUGAUCUUGUGAAGUUGCAUUUAAAAUAUAUAUCUGAUCUUGUGAAGUUUACAUUUGAAAUAUAUCUGAUUUUGUGAAGUUUGCAUUUGAGAUAUAUCUGAUCCUG